AACGUCUCAAGGUUACAAAUAAAAUGGUGCAUUUGUGUUGACUUCAUCUUACAUAUCUAAGAAAGAAAAAGAAAAAUGGGAAGCAUGGAUAGUUUCUCUUCAAUUGAUGAGUAUAGAUUUGAUCCCAAAUGGUUGAUUCAUCCCGAGCAUCUUUUUGUUGGGCCAAGAAUUGGUGAAGGAGCUCAUGCAAAGGUCUAUGAAGGAAAAUAUAAAAACCAGAAUGUUGCGAUCAAAAUCGUUCAUAGAGGUGACACACCCGAAGAAAUCGUGAAGAGGGAAGCUCGAUUUGUGAGAGAGGUUGCUACAUGGUCUAGAGUUCAACACAAGAAUCUUGCAAAGUUUAUAGGGGCAUGUAAAGAGCCUAUGAUGGUUAUUGUUACAGAAAUUUUAACGGGAGGGUCAUUACGUAAAUAUAUGUUGAAUAAAAGACCGGGGUGUUUGGAUAUGCAUGUUGCUAUUGGUUUUGCACUUGAUAUUGCUCGUGCUAUGGAGUGUUUGCAUUCUCAUGGAAUCAUUCAUCGCGAUCUAAAGCCUGAAAACUUGGUGUUGACAAAAGAUCAAAGAACAUUAAAACUUGUAGAUUUUGGAUUAGCAAGAGAAGAGACAGUUACAGAGAUGAUGACAGCUGAAACAGGGACAUAUCGUUGGAUGGCUCCAGAGUUAUAUAGCACUGUGACACUAAGGCAAGGAGAAAAGAAGCAUUACAACCAGAAAGUAGAUGCUUAUAGCUUUGCAAUUGUAUUAUGGGAACUUUUACACAACAGACUACCCUUUGAGGGUAUGUCCAACCUCCAAGCUGCUUAUGCUGCAGCUUUCAAGAAUGUGAGGCCAAGUUUGGAAGAUCUACCAGAAGAUUUAGCAAUGAUUCUGAGUUCAUGUUGGAUGGAGGAUCCAGAUGCUCGACCAAACUUCAGUCAAAUCAUACAAAUGUUGUUACAUUAUUUUUCGACCAUUUUGCCCUCCAAACCCAUACUUCCUUCUCGCCUUUUUGUUAAUGAAAAUGCCCCCAUGUCUCCAGAAUCUCCAGGGACAAGUGCUUUAAUGGCAGUCUGCAAUUUUACAGGGGAUACCCCUAGAGAAAUGGAACAUAAUAAGCCAAAAGGUUUCUUUUUCUGUUUUAACCAGUGCUAUUAAUGCCCAAAUCACAAGGUGAUCAAGUAUGAACGUGUAUUUUUUAUAAACGUGUGGUGUUUUUCUAAGAAAAAUGCAAACUUUAUCAUCUUGUAAAAAUUAUUCAGCUCUGGGUUAUAAUGUUAUAU